AUGGGUGAGACGCAACAUGUGAGUGCUCUUCCACCGUCCCCAAUGCAGUACGUCAAGGAAUAUACAGAUGAAAAUACUCAGGAAGGCCUAGUUCCCAAGCCUCCACCUCCAAUAAAGGACACUUAUAUGAUGUUUGGCAAUCAAUUCCAAUGUGAUGAUCUUAUCAUCCGCCCUUCAGAAAGUCAGGGCAUCAAAUGGCUUCAUCCUAUGCAGUUUGAUCACAAGAAGGAACUGAGAAAACUCAAUAUGUCUAUUCUUAUUAAUUUCUUAGACCUCUUAGGUAUCUUGAUAAGGAGCCCUGGGAGUACAAAACCAGAAGAGAAACCAGAAGAUAUUAAGCUGCUUUUUGUACAUGUGUAUCAUCUCAUAAAUGAAUACCGACCCCACCAAGCAAGAGAGACAUUGAGAGUCAUGCUGGAGGUACCGAAAGGUCAAUGUCUUGAAACAGCUGAGAGAUUUCAGAAGCACCUGGAGCAAGUCAUUGAGAUGAUUCAGAAUUGCCUGGCUUUGCCUGAUGAUCCGCCUCAUUCAGAAGCAGGGAUGAGAGUAAAGACUGAACCAAUGGAUGCUGAUGAUAGCAACAAUUGUACUGGACAGAAUGAACAGCAAAGAGAAAAUUCAGGUCAUGGGAGAGACCAGGUUAUGGAGAAAGAUGCUGCCCUGUGUGUCCUAAUUGAUGAAAUGAAUGAAAGACCAUGA